AAUUCACAUCGGUUUAAUAGCAGAAUUGCAUCCUCCGGCUGUGUUUGACGCCGAUGAUGAGGGUUUGGUGCGCUCUGCUGAGGGUUAUCGCUCAGAUCCUUCUGUUAAUCCUCAUCACUCUUUCAACAGAUGUCUCUCACAGGACAACCAAAGAAAUAUACGUCAAGGAAGGUGAGAUUGCAGUACUGUCCAUCGAGGGCUGUGAUCUCUGGAAAAGCUCCGCCAACAAGGGGAUGCACCUGAACAGGAGCAUGCCAGCAGCUGAGCAGAGGCAGAUGGGGUUGUUGGUUAAAGGGGAUGCUCUUGUGAUUCUCAGUGCCUCUGUGAAACAUCAGGGAAAUUACUCGUGCUCUCUCAAGAAUUCCAGCAAGUGGAUCAGCCUCAAAGUAUAUACAGCGCAGUCCAGAGAGUAUGAAGAGACCCAGGAAAAGACAUGUUACACACAUGAGUCCUGCACAUUGUAUUGCUCUGAGAAACAUGAAUUUCUUGAUACCCUGAAUAUCACCAGGAACAGCAGUACGUGGCAAAAGGAGGGCGAGUCAUCACCAAGUAACGGUUACUUCUCAAGUGUGAAAAAGGAGGACAGUGGCAUCUAUAACUGCACCUGGUCUUACCUGUAUGAUGGUCAACUAUAUAACAUAACCGCUACAGUAAAACUUGAUGUCCAACCAAGCGAAAACUCUAAGAAAUCAGUGAUCAUUUCACCAAAGGACAACCAGAUAUUUGAUGUAGAUUUACACUCGAUGGUGGUGAUUGACUGUAAAGCUGUUAUGUAUUCAGAGUCUGAUAAGUUAUUAUGGUUAUGUGGAACUUCGUUUGUAGAAGUAAACAGCAGUCUGCCAGUUUUCUAUAACUAUACCAGAUCUGCCUCAGUCAGUGACCAUAAGACAAAGGAAUUCAAAGAGACAGCAUCUCUGGUCUUCAGAAGAGUGUCAGAGGAUGAUCUGACAAAACGUUUUAUCUGUAAACUGCACUCUUACCAUGAAAUGAGUUUUGUGACCAUCACCCUAAAACAAAAAGCACGCCGUUCAUACACUUCCCUGGGUGUAUGCAUUGUCAGCAUUGUCGUGGUGAUGGUUGUGACAGUAGUCAUCUAUGUGAAGUUUAAAGUUGACAUCACCCUUUUUAUAAGAGACACUCUCAGGUACUCUGGCAGCACCUCAGAUGGAAAAUGCUAUGACUCCUUUUUGAUGUGUUAUAAAUGCAACACGGCCGGAGGACUAAAUGCUCACGACGCAAGAUGGCUGGAGAGUGUUUUGGAAGAGAGAUUUGGUUACAGUCUCUGUCUGUAUGAUCGUGAUGUCUUACCAGGGAAGGCAAUAACAGAGGCUGUGUUAGACUGCAUAGAGCAGAGCCGGACAGUGGUUUUGGUUCCCGUCUCUACACAUCCUGAUCUGGAAUCUGGCCUGCUGACUGCAAUCCAUGAAGCCCUUGUUGAGCGGCAGACUCGCUUGAUUUUCAUCACCACUGAGACAACAGCAACUUCAAGAUCAGAUUCCUUUCCAGAGGCUUUGCAGCUUCUUAAUGAGGCUGCAGACUGUGUCACCUGGAAGGGCAAAAGCUCCAUGCCGACCUCCUCCUCCUUCUGGAAGCAGCUACGCUAUUACCUACCCGUCCCACAGCGAGCAGCGAAAGUAAAGCUUUUACCAAAGACAAUCCAGGAUGUUACUUCAUGACAAAAUGUUUAGCCUAGUCAGAAUGAAUAGCUGGUCUCAGCAUGUGAAUUGUUAACAGUUUACACACUCACCAACAGCUGAUAUUCAGAUUAAAAUAAAUGAAUACUUAACAAAUUUUAACUUUUUGCUUUGGUGUUUUCAUUUUUCUAUUUUUCUAAACUUAUUUUUGUCUUGUUUUUCACAAACAUUUCCUCUGUAUAGUAUGACAGUACAAACAAUUGUUUUUGUAAGUUAAGACACUUUUAAUGUAUAAAUUUAAUAUGUAAAAUUGCUUCUUGUUAUGUUAUUAGGCAUAUGUAAAUAAUUAAUUCAGCCUUUAGACCGUUUCUACUGACCAAGCACUGCAUUCCCAAUGCCUCUGUGAAUGUAAGUCCUAGCUCUCAUGAUGCUGUGCCUAGACUUUGCUCAUUUAUUAUUACCAGUUUCCUACCAUCCUGUUCUUUGUCCAGUUUUCAUCUUUUUUGUACUGUUGGACUUAUGGGACCAUAAAAUGUGAUAGUGUCAUGCUGUUUGGCCAAAUAUGCUCAAAGCAAAUUGUAGCUUAUAUUUUUAUAGAUAAGAUAAUAAUAUAUUUAUCUUAACUUAUAUGUAUGUAAAUACUAUUCACAUUAAAUGACU